GCAGACUUUGGAUUCUUUGAACGACUGAAGUUCGAGAGAGAGAGAGAGAGAGGGGGAGAGGGAGAGGGCUGAGUAAAGGGUAGCCAUGUAAGGACCCUAUUUUGCUGAUUUUUUUUAUGAUGGAAAGUUCUGUUAGCUAAUCACUAUUCAAUAGAGAGAAAGUCUGGAAAUUGUUGAUUGAAACUAAAGAAGCUUGUCCUUUGACUUCUGUUUGUUAUCUUCUCCCUCAGUAAUAAAUAUAAAAUCUCUAAGUGUACAACCCAUUUCUCCUUGGUCCUUACAAAAAAAAAAAAAAAAAAAAAAAAACUCUUUUCUUUCUCACGCCUGGCCUUUCAAGCAGCCUGCUUAUUUUGAAACAACUUCCUGGGUUUCACAGAGGAAGCUCCCCAAGAGAGACAGAGAGAUGGGAAGGGCUCCUUGCUGUGACAAGGCUAAUGUGAAGAAAGGGCCAUGGUCACCAGAAGAGGAUGCAAAGCUUAAAGAUUAUAUAGCGAAACAUGGGACAGGAGGAAAUUGGAUUGCUCUUCCUCUGAAGGCUGGUCUUAAAAGAUGUGGGAAAAGCUGCAGAUUAAGAUGGCUAAACUAUCUCAGACCCAACAUCAAGCAUGGAGAUUUUUCUGAUGAUGAAGAUAGAAUAAUCUGUAGCCUCUAUGCCAACAUUGGAAGCAGGUGGUCAAUAAUAGCAGCUCAGUUGCCAGGCAGGACUGAUAAUGAUAUCAAGAACUAUUGGAACACAAAGCUUAAGAAGAAGCUGAUGGGAAUGAUGAUUUAUCCUUCUGAAGCAAAAUUACCCCACCAAUUACCUGCAAGUUUUUCUUCUCUUCUUCAUCAAGCUUCAUCAUCAUUACCAUCAUCACCAUCUACUGUAAUAUCAUCAUCAUCAUCUUCAUAUACCCUAGCUAGGUCUGUAGCUGAACCUAUUCCAUUUUCAAAUCCUUUGAGCAGUAGUAAUAAUAAUAACUUCUUCACUACUACUGCAUCUAUCCUCCCACCCCAAGACAGCAGCUUUCUGGCUGCUAUGCAAAUUUAUCAAAUGAAAGAUAGCUGCAGCUCUUCUGAUGGGAGUUGCAACAACCAGAUCAGCUAUGGCAAAGAAUUAGAGUAUGAAUAUGGUGGGGCUGGUGGUGGUGGUGCUGCAAGUACAACUGAACAAAUGGGUUUACAAAAUUAUUUCUACAAUGGGGUUGAAGACGGCCCGAAAUUACUAGGUGUUGGUGGUGGGUGGGGUGAGAAGCAAAAUGUGUUAUGGGGAGUCAAUCCAAUAAUAGACUAUGGUCUAGAAGAGAUUAAGCAGCUUAUUAGCACUAGGAAUUGUAGCAACAACUUUUUGUUUGAAGAAAGCAAGACAGCAGAGGAAAGGGUCAUGUACUAUUGAUGCUGACUGUGAGUAAAAUCACAAAGAUUUGAAGGGUUGUAAAAGAAAAAGAAGGGAUUGGGGUUUGAAAUCAAACUUGAAAAUUUUCAGAUUUGCUGGGGAUAGGAUGGGAUUGAGUGUUUUCCUAUGGAGAACACUUUUUUGACAGUACAUGUGAAAAGAUUUCCUUUGAGCAUUUCUUUUUGGGAA